CCUUCCAGAGCGAGCAAUGUCUCUCACACCGUGGUGCUGCGCCCCCUGAAGGCCGGGUACUUCAACUUCACCUCGGCCUCCGUCAGCUACCUGGCCCAGGAGGGAGGACAAGUGCUGGUGGGCUACACCAGUGCCCCCGGACAGGGAGGCAUUCUGGCUCAGAGGGAGUUCGACCGACGCUUCUCCCCCCACUAUCUGGACUGGGCUGCGUUCGGCGUGAUGACUCUGCCCUCGAUCGGCAUCCCUCUGCUGCUCUGGUACUCCAGCAAGAGGAAGUAUGAUUCACCGAAGGCCAAGAAGAACUGAGAAGACGAGUGGGGGAGGGGGGGUGGGAGUCAAAGGCGUUAAUGGGCACAGGAUCUCUGAAUAGCUUAACCCAUAUUGGGGUUGAAAAGUACAGUGACCAAGAAACGUAAUAGUGAUUUGAUAAAGAAAGCGGCGUCAAUAAGAGAACUUUGAACAGGAAGUAGAACAUGGUGAACAGUUUUUGGUUUCCAAACCAUGACCGUGUACAGAGCGCUCUCUGUUCUCACCUGAUGGCUGUUCCUUCACAUCUGAAAACUGCUUCAUGUAAUGGAACAAUUGCAAGUAACACCAUUUUGUAAUUGUGUAGCUGAAUUCAGAUUUGAAGUUUAUCGCCAGUUAUUUAACUUCAAGAGAAAUGUAAUAAAACGGGCUUUUUUUUUUUCUAAA